GCAAGUAGAUUGGAGGGGAUGCUACUGAAUCUUGUCAAUUAGCACCAUCUAGUGGAACUGUGUGGUAUUUACCAGAAUCUUCCUGAAUUCUCCGCCUCUCCUCCUGUCAGAGUAUAAAUGUGGGACAGAGUCACUGCUGAGACAGAACGAUACACAGAAGAGAAAAGACCAUUCAGCCAACAUUCAUCUGACAACACAAAGACUCCAGACUUGAGACUCUGAAGAUGCUGUGCUCUCGGGGACUUCACUCUGACCUCAGUCCAUCCAUGCUCUUCUUUUCACCUGUACGCAGUCUGUGGCCAGAGGUCAGACCUCUGUUCUCCCAGCAGGAUCUGCUGCAGAGGAACCUGCAGGAGCUGCGCCGCAGUCUGGAGCUGAUGGACACAUUUCAGCACAACAUCCUGGAGGAGACGGAGCCUUUCCAGAGCAGUGUGGCCCUGCAACCAGUGAGCUUCCAGCUGGACAAAGACGGAAAGCACUUUGGCCUGACCCUGGACACUCAAGGCUUUUCUCCAGAGGAGCUGUCUGUCAGGCAGGUGGGCAAGAAGCUGAGAGUCAGCGGGAAGACAGAGAAGAAACAGGAGGACGGGAAAGGCUCCUACUCUUACAGACUCCAGGAGUUCAGACAGGAUUUGGAUCUGCCUGAAGGCCUGAACCCUGAAGCCGUCACCUGCUGCCUGUCUCCAGACGGAAAGCUCCACAUCCAGGCACCCAAAGAGGAGGCUGACAGAGAGCUGACCAUCAAGAGGAGCUGGGAGGAGGAACCACAGCAGAGAGAGGGUUCACAGACACAAGACAGCACAGCAAAGACUCACAACACACCAUAGAACCAACAGGAACACAUGGACUCACACACACAUUCAUGGGAAUAUACCAUUAGUUUUAGAUGAACACAAUUUUAACUACAUUAGUCUUUGUUGAUCAUUAAAAUGUCUUUAUUUUUUGU